UCGCGGCUUACGAUGUCGAACGCAGGCACCUUGGGGCGGUCUGCUUUGGGGGGGCGAAGCUUCGCGGAGGCGCCGGACGGGACGGGGGGGGCAGAUGUUUGCUAGGCGUCUCCGUUCGCUUUCCGCUGACGAUUUGCGACUCCCUGGCACGGCUCCGCCGCAUUCCCGCCUCCUGCAGAGGCGACUACGCGCAUGGGGUGUGCGGCUGCCUGCUUGCGUGACGGCGGGCCAAUGCUGCACGGCGCUCGUUUGGGAGCGCACAAGCGCACAGCGCACGGCGCGCCCGGGCACGGUGGUGGUGGCGACGGCAUCGAGGUCGUCUGAAUUGGGACAUGCAAACUCGGCUCCGCAAAGGGUACCUACAUGGCUAUAUAUGCGUAUACGUGCUACAUAUGUAUACGCCUACAUGUGUGUGAAUGGUGAUAGAUCGGUCGGCCGUUUGUCUAGGAUCGGUUCGAGUGCCGUACUGGCUGUCUUUCGGGCUGGCUACCUACGUAGAAGCACAGGGCAUGCCUACGGAUGGACGGCCUCUGGGAUUCUCGAGGGACCCCUGCGACCCCAGAGCGACGCGACACGCACGGCGUAAUUAGAUGAUGAGUUAUACGAUAUGACGGCCGUCGUCCCCCGCGAGACGGCCCUAAUCAGGGGUCUCUCUGCGGUCUCAUGUGCGCGUGGAUAUGUGUACGGCGCACACGUACUCGAGCGUGUGAGCGUGCGAGUGCGAGUGUGUGGCAUUACAGCAUGAAGCUGGCGAAGCUGGAUUGACGCGUUUCCGAUGCCGUCGGGUGUUACCCCUGACAGGUAAAUAUAAUCAACCUGUCAGCUAGAAACUAGAAGAACCUCGAUCCCCGUGUCACCGUCGUAUCGGCUAUUCCGUCCAGAUGCUUGACGGCACCGGUGGCUUCUGUGUCACAGGUGCGGAGUC